AUGAAUUAUCUCUUAUUUUAUAAAAUUAUAAACAUAGUAACUAUUAGUGCAAGUAUUAACUUUAAGAAAAAAUUACUUAAUCUUAUGGAAAAACGCAAUGAUCCAUUACCAGAUGAUUUAAGAUUUUUUAUAUUAGGAGAUUUAUUGGUGAAGAUUUUAUUUGGCAAUAAUCAUAUUAAUUUUUUAACUUAUGAUAAUCCCCGUUUAAUUUCUGUAAAUAAAAAAAGAAUAACUAUAAAAUUUAUUGAUGAAAGUGAUGUGAAAAUUAUUUAUAAUGAGUGUGCUAAUUCACCAUCAGAUGUUUACAAAAUUACAACAAUAAAAGAAUUCAUCAAACUUGUUACUAUAAUAAAAACACCUGCAGAUUUUGAAUUAUAUAAUUAUAUAUUAAAAAGACUACAAAAAAAUUUGAUUAAAUUACUUUCAAAUGUCCGUAACUACAGAGUUCAUAGAUGUAAUAAUGAAUUUUAUGAGAAAGCAGCACUAGCAAUAAUUCUUGAAGAAUAUCCAAAAUUAUUCAAUAAAAACAAAAUGUUUUUUGAAUAUUUGAUAAAUAUAAUUCGUGAUGGUAUGAAUUAUGAUGAUGUUUUUCCAAAUUUACUUGACAGUUUAUUAAAAAACAACCCCAAAACUAAAUUUUCACAACAAGAAAAAGAUACUGAAAUUGAAAAUUUCAAAUAUUUUACUAAGAAAUUAAGAAAGGAAUAUUUAUCAAUUAUAGAUGAAUUUAGAAAUUUACCAACUUCUAUAAAUCGUAAAAAAAUAUUAAAUGAAAUUGAUAUUCAAAUAGUAGAUAAUAUUAUUCAAGCAUACUUUUCAAAUAAAACAAAAAGUAAGAAAAAAGACAAGUCUAACGUAAUUUCUGUUGUAGACUUUUUAAUUUUAAUCAAAUCAUUAUUCCAAAACUAUGUUCCUUUUUACUACUUAGUUAAUCAAAUAAAUAUUGAUUAUGAUUAA